AUGGCGCUCGAAAGCAUUUCGUUUGUGGUGUUGAAUGAGUUGCAAUUGCCUGUGGAAGUUCUGCAAAGUUUGAUAGAGUUUGAGGAAGUCGAUCUCGUUGAGAGUGAAGCAUCGGAGCAAGUUGAACCUAACGGUGUUUUUGAGAUUGAAGAGAUUGAAAAGGAGAAUUCUGUCCUAGAUGGUCAUGCGAAACCAGAGAUAAAUGAUAAAGUCAAGGAGCGUUUGCCAUUGAGGCAAAUUGAAGGCGGUGUUUCAGGUCUCUCCAAUUUCGGAAGCAACGUUUUUCAGUAUCGACAGCUUAGUCCUCAGCAACUGGAAGAGCUAUUAAAAAAGACCAUAACGGGCCAAAAUAUUAUAAAAAGAGGAUCAAUCGGCCCACUCUCCAUCGAUAGCCAACGAGAACUGGUGCAUAUUAUUGUGGAGUACCACUGUAGUGUGGGUCUACAGGCCAAGGAGGAUAUUCUCCGAUGGUAUUCGGAAUGCAUAGUUGCACUAUUCAAACACGAAAAAACUGAAACAUAUUUCAUCCCACGUGCCGGUGGAAGAAAGAAUCCAGGAGGCAAACUGUUUAAUAAAAUCGUCAACUUAAAGCAAAAAGCAGGAAAAAGGAAGUUCCGUGAGGAAGCACAUUUGGCCGGACACCAAAGUACAUCGGAGCCGGAAGCUAUUGAGAAUGAUCCCGCUGCUGAGGCAGCUAUUCAGUGGCUGGAUCAGAAUAGAAAUCCGUGGACAACAGCGUUAGAUAAAUGGGAACUUUCGUACCCCAUUCGUAAGAAGCAGCUUGGGAACAAGAAAAUCAUAGAUGAAUUGUACAGGCACUUCAAACUAUAUCGGGAGGAGCACGGAUAUCAAGCGAUUGACGUUGAUUUUCGGUUGAUGUAUGGUAUCGACGAUGGAGUUAAGAAGUGGAAUUUGGCGUUUCCAAAACUGGUGAAAUACCUAGAUCGGCCAUACAAAGACGAUUUUUCAAAGAAAAUUCUGGAAUGCCUAAAAUCUCCAGAAUCUGACUUAGAUGUUAAAACCUGUGCCGUUCUCCUGCUUCUGAACAAUGUUCUAAAACCAACAAAGGUAACUCGAAAAUUUAAGCCAUCGAUUUUGGCCGCUCAGGAAGAAAUCAUAUUGUUUGCGGCAUCAAACGACUUGGCUGCUGGCGUCUUCACUAAAUUCAACGAAGACUAUUCUAAGUACGGAUUUCAACCGGUUCCGAAACUGAUAUUCAUCGGCGAUGGUAUUGACUCUCUUGAAGGGGAGUUUCAGGUACGUUUCCAGGACUUCAGUUAUCGAUUCGAUAGUGCAAGUAGAGCCAUAGAUGUUCUGGUUAAAUUCUGUGCAGUUUUUGGUCUGGAGCAUUCUCGUAUUUCAAGACUGGUUUGGCUUUUUAUAUCCGCGUUCUUCUACAACGUUCCAGUGCAGGAGCAGUACGAGUGUAUUAAUAGUUUAAAGGCGUAUCUUAUAAAUUGAACAUGUUUGCUUGCUUCAUUGAAGGUUGUCUGCAAACGUUCGAAACGAGCAGUAACUAUAUUGAACAUCUUCAUAGCGACCACAAAACU